CGAAGGUAAUUGCAGCAGAGCACAACAAUGGAGUCCGGUGACGAGGACAUAUUUGCUAUCAGCGACGAGGAGAUGUUGUCGCCGGCGCGAGUCGCGCCGGUGAAUCCCGUCGAAGAGCAUUUGCAGAAGGAGCUCGCUGACGUCGAGAGCAGGAUCGACCUCGCGACGAGGGAGAUCGCCGAGACGCGGGAGACCACCGCACGCGUUUUGAACGCCCUAGAAUGGCGCGCGCUUUACGGAGAGGACGCUAGCUCGGACUCUGAUAGUGAGUUGUACACUGUUGAAGGAGCACCUGUGGUGAAGAAACCGAAAAACCAUAGAACCAGUAUAAAACAAAAUUUGGAGAUAAUCUCGCAGUGGCAAUGCGUUCUUUCAGAUAAGUGGAUUAUUGGAAUAAAACUAAACAACAUAUCCUAUUGGUGAGUCAAUCUAUCAAUUAUUGUAUCAGUUUUUAAUGUAACAAAGCCGAUAUAAGCAAGAAAAAUGUUGAAAUAGGAAUUUAUAUUUGUAGCUAUGAUAACAAGAGAGUGAUAAAGAUUUUGCGCACAAAAUAUCGUACAAAUGACCUUUAUUCAACAAUGUAUUUUAUUUUGCAAGUAUAGAAAUUCGUAACGUUGAGACAUUUUUGCUGUUCAAAUUUAAUUGUUGAGUUCUGCGAUCACGCAGACAAAUAUUUCACUUGAGACUUAAAACUUUAAAGAUGAUCAAUUAUUUUAAUUGAUUUCUACCAUGUAG